UAGUAAUAUAGUAGUUGCAAUAGUAGAAAUAGUUCAAAGAGAAGAAAGAAGAAAAGGAGGACGAGGAGGAGGUGGAGGAGGAGGAGGAGGAGAAAGACAAAUUGAAUAAAAAAAGGAAAAAGUCUUUCUCGGUGAUCUGAUGGUGCUCUCGUGACGUGUUACUAGUAAUAAAAGAAUAAUCGAAAUAUUAAAUAGAAAUAAACGGUUUACAUUUAAGUAAUACCAAAAGGAUUAAAGGAGGAGGAGGAGGAGGAGUGUGCCGAGUGUCAUUGCAUCGGUGUGUGUCCGAGUUCGGAGUGCGGUAGAUAAGUGUAACGCGUCGGGUGCGUGCGUGCGUGCGUGCGUUAGUCGCUCGCGUGUACGUACGUGCGUGCGUGCGCAUGUGUAGGCGUAAAGUUCGUUCGCGAGUAACGAGCGACAACGGUGGUGUGGUUGUGGUUGUGGGUGGUGGUAGCGGUAGCGGUAGCGGUAGCGGCCAAGAGUUACUGGCUUCGUGAAGGCUACUAGAAGAGAAGCAAGUUUUUCGUUUUUUCGUCUAACAUUUGUAAAGUAGAGUGAAAGAGAACGAGGAGGAGAAGGAGGAGGAGGUGGAGGAGGAGGAGGAAGAAGGAGGAAUUAAUCAAAAUUCUGAGAAGGUCUGAAUUCAUUAGAUUUCUGGGAAAAAGGAGAAGGUACAACUGUCUUUUGCGUUGAACCUGGUGAAAAGAAAAAGGUGUUUACCUGUGUUAAGGAUAAACACGGUAAUUUCGAAAUUUUGGGACUCCGUGGAGCCCCGGCAGGCUCGGGAACGAGCGCGGCCGCUAAAAUGGGCAACAAUGCCGCGACAGCGAACAAGAAGGUUGACGCCGCCGAGAGCGUCAAGGAGUUCCUCGACAAAGCGAAGAAAGAGUUCGAGGACAAGUGGAAGAAAAAUCCAACUAAUACAGCUGCACUCGACGAUUUCGAGCGAAUCAAGACACUUGGUACUGGCUCAUUUGGACGGGUCAUGAUCGUACAACAUAAACCAACUAAGGAAUAUUACGCUAUGAAAAUAUUGGACAAACAAAAAGUCGUCAAGCUUAAACAGGUCGAGCACACGCUUAACGAGAAGAGAAUACUGCAGGCUAUAAACUUUCCCUUCCUCGUAUCUUUGCGUUUUCAUUUCAAGGACAAUUCGUAUCUUUACAUGGUGCUCGAGUACGUACCCGGCGGCGAGAUGUUCAGUCACUUACGUAAGGUCGGACGCUUUUCUGAGCCCCAUUCGCGUUUUUACGCGGCACAAAUAGUCCUAGCCUUCGAAUACCUUCAUUAUCUCGACUUGAUCUACAGGGAUCUCAAGCCAGAGAAUCUUUUAAUCGAUUCUCAGGGUUACCUCAAGGUCACGGACUUUGGAUUUGCCAAGAGGGUACAGGGUAGGACGUGGACCCUCUGCGGAACACCAGAAUACUUGGCGCCUGAAAUCAUUUUAAGCAAGGGAUAUAACAAAGCGGUUGAUUGGUGGGCCUUAGGUGUUUUGGUAUACGAAAUGGCAGCUGGUUAUCCACCCUUCUUCGCGGAUCAACCAUUAGUAAUCUACGAGAGGAUAGUCCACGGUAAACCACGUUAUCCAUCACACUUUGGUUCAGAUCUGAAAGAUCUAUUGCGAAAUCUAUUACAAGUAGAUCUGACUAAAAGGUACGGGAAUUUAAAAGCAGGGGUAAAUGAUAUCAAGGGACACAAGUGGUUCGCGAGUACCGAUUGGAUAGCUGUCUUCCAAAAAAGAAUAGAAGCACCAUUCAUACCAAAAUGUAAGGGUCCCGGAGAUACAAGUAAUUUCGAUGAUUACGAGGAAGAAACAUUGAGGAUCUCGGUUACGGAGAAGUGUGCCAAGGAGUUUGCCGAAUUUUGAAUGAUUAUCAUCGUUAUCCUCGUAUCAAAAUCGUCUUUACUUCCUGUUGUCGUCGUCAGUACCACCACCAAAACUAAACAACCACCACUACAACCGUUGCUGCUAAUAUUGCUGCUGCUGCUGCUGUUGUUGGUGAUGAAGAAGAAGAAGAAAAAGAAGAAGAAGAAGAUGCAGAGAUAAUGAUGAUGAUGAUGAUGUUGUUGCUGCUGCUGCUACUACUACUAAUGUUGUUGCUGCUGCUGCUGGUAGAUGAUCGUUGCUGCUGUCGUCGUUGUUUUAUCGUCGACGAUGAUACCGAUCGUUCGUCAUUGUCGUCGUCGUCGUUAUUGUCGCCGUCGUCAUUGUCGUCGUUAGGGGUCCUGUUGAGAGAGAUCGUUACACGACGAGGGUCAAAGUGCGUGUGUGUGUCUGUGCGUGUAUGUGUGCGUGCGUGUCUGGGUGCGACUAAUCAAAGUCAUGGAGUAUAAUAAUAAUAAUAAUAAUGGAUAUAUAUCGAGAUAUGUGACAGGUAUCGCAUAUUCGAUAAAUGAAAGAUUUGGGUAUCAUGAAAUAGAAAGAUGGAGAAUGAAACAAAAAGUUGAUGAAUGGGAUGAAAUGUGUGAUGACAAAAUCUACAAAAAAAAAAAGAAAAAAAAAA